ACAAGUCAUGUCCACCUAGGAGCGAACAGAGUUGGUCCCGCUCGUCGACCACUCCGCACCCGCGAUGUCGCGAAUGUCGCCCACGAUGAAAGAGCACGAUGCGAGGGACCGAGCGAAUGGCGCACUGGAGAAUGGCGAGAUGAAUGGAGGAAUCGGGUUACGACUCCUGGCACAGCCCGAAGAUGAUUACCGGGACAGGCCCUCGUCCUCAUACAGCAGCGGCAGUCUGCUUCGAACGUUCUCUGGCGCACUGGGAAAGAUGAGGCCAAACUUCGGUCUCAAGAGCUCCAAGGCGGCCGGCACAAAACUUCGGCGGACGGCGUACCUGGACGGUCUCAGAGGCUUCGCUGCGUUUCUGGUCUACAUCCACCAUCAUCAGCUUUGGGCUCACGCGGGAAUCGGCGAGAUACUCUUGGAGAAUGCGUGGGGUUUCGAAGGGAACUACUCCUUGGUGCAGCUUCCGGGAAUCAAAAUAUUCUUCGCCGGUGGUCAUUUGGCAGUCGCGACUUUCUUCGUACUAUCCGGCUACGUGCUAUCGACCAAACCCUUGACUUUGAUUCAAUCUGGGGAGCUUCCCAAGAUGGCAGAGAAUGUGACAUCUGCACUUUUCAGACGAUGGAUGCGGCUGUGGUUUCCAAUCCUCCCUGUCACAUUCGCAAUGGCCCUCGUUCCCCACGUGCUCGGCAUGGUGCUUGACUUCGAAGCACAAUCCACUCUCGCAGAGGAGCUAUGGAAGUGGUAUACCAACAUGAAAAACUUCACCUACAUCUUCAACAAUGACCAAAUGGUGGACUACCAACCGCACAUCUGGUCCAUUCCAGUUGAGUUCAGGGGAUCGAUUGUUGUGUACACUACCUGUCUGGCGUUCUCCCGUUGCACAAGGAACGCUCGGCUAUGGUGCGAGGUCGGCCUAAUGUUCUAUCUCAUGUACAUUGUCGACGGCGGCCACAUGGCCAUGUUCGUCAUGGGCAUUUUCCAGGCCGAUCUUGAUCUCCUCGCAGUUUCCAACAACCUUCCAACCUGGAUAUCCAAUCUUUCUCCUCACAAAGUCACUCUAUCAUGGCUGGCCUUCAUCGCGGCCGCCUACCUCGGCGGUGUACCUCCCAGCACCCGCGAGAUCAGCCACCUCCAGGCAUCUCCUGGGUGGUACUACCUCUCCUUCCUCAAACCGCAAGCCUUUUUCGACUUCAAAUGGUUCUACCUCUUCUGGGCAGCAUCAUUCCUUGUCUUCUCGGCCGGUCGACUUCCAUGGCUCAAGCACUUCUUCGAGACCAACGUCUGCCUCUACCUCGGCCGCAUCUCCUUCAUGCUCUAUCUCUUCCACGGUCCAAUUCUAUGGACGCUCGGCAACCGCCUGUACGCAGCCGUGGGAUGGGUCCAGGAGAAGCAAAUGCUCCAGUGUCCCACAUGGACCAAUGCUUUCCCAAUCACCAAGUGGGGACCGGCAUUCGGCUUGGAGAUCGCUUGGAUUUUGCCGCAUGUGAUCCUGCUGCCUUUGACCCUGUGGGUGGCCGAGCUGGGCACCACAUGCAUCGACGACCCGGCUAUCAAGCUGGCGGCGUGGCCUCCGGGACCGCCUUGA